AUGUCUGCCACUAUAGGCGAUAAUACCACCAAUACCGUGCCUAAUGUCGCGAUACCCAAAAAUGGUGCCGACUACAGGGGAAAAGUGGUUCUCGCACCCAUGGUCCGAUCCGGAGAACUUCCUUCCCGGCUACUGGCGCUGAAGUAUGGCGCAGACCUCGUCUGGGGCCCAGAAACAGUGGACAAAUCCAUGAUCGGAACGACACAGACAACGAAUCCUAGGACAGGUUGCAUAGAAUGGAGUCGCAACUCCAACAAUCAGAAUCCCAACGCGCCACCAAAAGAGAACGUCAUAUUCCGCAUCGAUCCCAAAAGAGAGUCGGACAGGCUGAUUUACCAGAUUGGUACGGCCUCGCCCGACUAUGCAGUACAAGCAGCGACACUUGUCGCGCCUUUUGUAUGUGGCGUCGAUGUCAACGCAGGCUGCCCAAAGCCAUUUUCCACAUCAGGAGGCAUGGGAGCGGCUCUUUUAAAGACACCGGACCUACUUUGCGACAUACUGACAGCACUUGUUACGAAAGUGGGAACUCCGCACGAGAUCGGCAUCAGUGUGAAAAUCAGGCUCCUCGAGACGCCCGAGUUGACGUCCACCCUGGUCAACAGACUUUGCAAGACCGGCAUUGUUGGGUUGACUAUUCAUUGCAGAACAACGCCGAUGAGACCGCGCGAGCGCGCCAUACGAGAACAACUCCGCAUGAUUGGCGACAUUUGCAGAAGUCAUGGUGUGGCUUGCUUGAUGAACGGAGAUGUUACGUCGCGGGAUGAAGCCCUUGCUCUUGCGAAGGAGUAUGGCGUCGACGGAGGAAUGAUUGCGACAGCUGCCGAAGCAAAUCCUUCAGUUUUCCGGUCGAAGGACCAGGGCGGUAUUGCGCCAUGGCAAGAGGUAGUCAAAGAAUACCUACAACUGGCCAUGAGCGUCGAGAAUAAAUACGGAAAUACGAAAUUCCUGCUAUCGCAACUCAUGCCGGGCAAGAACCCGAAAUAUCAACCAAUCCAAAUGUCGAAAUGCUACAGUGAGGCAGUUGCCCUCCUGGAGAACACUGAACCUCAGAUGCUUGAGACAGCCAAAGAGGUCGACCACGUCCUCGAGCUGGAUGCACCUAGGUUGACCAAGGCGGACAUCAAGCGACAACAUAAGCAGCAAAAGAAACAUAAUCAGACCAACAAACAGGAUAAUAAGAGGUCUCGAGAGCAAGAGCACGAUCACAACAACCAAGGUCGGAGCGUCAGUCAAGAGCGGACCAAGAAGCAAAAGGCCGAGAUUGCUGCAGAUAACGCUGGCUUUGAUGGUGUCGGGCAGGGUGCUAUGGCAGUCGCAGCUUGA